AUGCCCUUGCGUCUCACCUCAGCCCCAGUCUCCGGUGUCAAGAAACGCAAGCCAGCCGUCCGCAAGCCUCAGGCCUCCCCGUUUGCCGCCCAUGCCCGACGCAAACCAAACUCCGCCGCAGCGAGUGGCGUGAAGCGGGCAGCCGAGGGUCUGCUUGAUGAUGACGACCCUCUUCCAGAUAUAGGCGUAUCGCAUUAUAUAUCACACGCUGCAUCCGUUGAGAAUGUCGUUCAAGCAAUCGAGUAUAUCCGGACAAAAAUGUUCGACGAGCUCCCCGCUCGAGCUGGGAUGAAUAGCACGCGCAUUGCGGAGGUCCUCAACUUACGACGGUCACUGCCUCCGCUAGCGUCGGUAGCACAUGUGCAUAUGUUGAUCGAUUCGCCCACACAGGUGGAAAGGGAGAUCGUAGAGUUGGUUCAGGCCGGCCGAGUCCGGCGUCUGGUCGUUCCAGGCCGGGGCAAUGAUGCAGCCGGGCUAGGUGAUUGCCUGGUUCUUGCGGACGAGUGGGAAAAGUUGGUGCGUGAGAACUCAUCUCUCGAUACGGAUGUCAAGGGUAUGUGUUUCGGCCCGGGGGUUAUUGUCAAGGACAUGCAGCUGACUUCAUAUUUUCCAGAGAAAUUCCUCGACAUACUUAGCCGCAUCGGAACUAGUUCUGCGAUCUCACAGAGCGUAUUUAAACCGGAAGAGUAUAGGGCACUGAUGCGUGCAGGAUUCCUCGUAUCAUCCUCUUCAUUUACACAAGGGUCACUGAGUCUUGCGUCUCUUCCUAAAUUGCCCACCACGGCGAUUUCGUCGGCCAGUCGGAGCGAACCGGCUAGAUCUUCUGAUUCCAACCGAUCUGUGCAGACCGAUGCCCAAUCUCGCGCCGCGACGCUAUUUUUGUCGCUGCCAAAUACCGGGACAUAUCUUCGUUUGCUAGGCGCUGGUCGUGCUCACAUGCUGGCUCUUCUCCGACGGUCCAGCUGCAGCGAGGCCCCCAUGGGCUUAUUGAGAGACCGUUGGGAUGGAGCAGUGGAAACCGAAAAGAGCUUUCAUCUAGCCAAGAGGGCUCGCGGGGAAUUUGCGGGUAUUUUGCCAGGUAAAACGAAGAAAUGGAAAGAUCUUUAUGGCAUGCAGUUCGGCUGGGUGUUGGAGGAAACUGUGGGGGCCGGCCUCGUGGAAAUCUUUGAGACCGGCAGUGUAGGACCUGGAGUCCGCUGCAUCUAG